AUGAUGACCCCGAUGCGUUACAUCUUGCUUGUCUUGGGCGUUAUUAUUUCAAUUCACUACAUUAUGAGCUUUACGUAUGAGGAAUACGGAAAGGCGACAUUCAUCUCAAAUAUCGCAGAAAAAUGGACUGGUCCAAAGUCAAACCCUCUCUACAAAAUACCCGUGCCCGACGAGUACUGCAAGCCAGAUUCGCCCAUGCACUUACAAGACCGCAAAGCGAAUGCCUCAAUCGUCGUACUUGUACGGAACUCUGAGCUUUGGGGAAUCAUGAGCAGUAUGAAGCAACUCGAGGAUAGGUUCAACAGGAAGUUCCAGUAUCCUUAUGUCUUCCUCAACGACGAGCCCUUUACGCAGAGCUUCCAAGACCACAUACGGGCCUUGACCAAUGCCACGGUCGAAUUCGGUCUCAUCCCAUCCGACCAUUGGCAUCAACCAUCGUGGAUUGAUGAAGAACGAGCAAGCAAGUCUCGCGAUGACAUGGUGAAGAACGAUGUGAUUUACGGAGGUAGAUACCGGAAUAUGUGUCGCUUCAACUCUGGCUUCUUCUAUCGACACGAGCUCUUGCAGAAGUACCGGUACUAUUGGAGAGUCGAGCCAGACAUCCAGCUUUUCUGCGACGUGGACUAUGAUCCCUUUCUCAUGAUGCAAGACCAAAAGAAGGUGUAUGGCUUUACCAUAGCAAUAUCCGAAAUCCCAGCUACCAUCCCAACGCUAUGGGACGUUGUAAAGUCUUUCAUUGAUGCUAAUCCUGACUCCGUGACUCCUGGAAAUGCGAUGGAAUUUCUCUCUGAUGAUGGCGGAGAGUCCUACAGUCUGUGUCACUUCUGGAGCAACUUCGAAAUCGCAGAUCUUGACUUCUGGCGAGGCGAGGCAUACUCGAAAUUCUUCGAAUAUCUUGAUGAGCAGGGUGGAUUCUAUUAUGAGCGUUGGGGAGAUGCACCAGUUCACAGCAUUGGAGCUGCACUGUUCGCGAAGAAGGAACAAAUUCACUUCUUCAAUGACAUCGGGUAUCAGCAUGACCCCUUCGAGCACUGUCCACAGGGAGAUGUGCACACGAAAGGAAAAUGUUGGUGCGACCCUGAUGAGAGUGUCGACUAUCAGAUAUAUUCAUGCCUUGACCGAUAUGAUAAGCUAUUCUCGUAG